CUAGGCGUCCAAUGUACUCAGAGAUCACCUGGUACGAAGUUGCCAAUUCCCGUUAACCUACCCUGGCCAGGACUUCCUUCAAGUACCAGAAACCUGGUCAGAUAGCUGAUUAAUCUCCGCCGUCUUCGACCAUGGCUGCGGCAUUGGCAAAAAUCACUUUUAGGAGCCCUGCCCUGGGUCUCUCCGGCAGCAGGAACAUCCUCAAAGCUAGACCUGCCAUCUGCCCUGCCCAAGCACGGUUUGCUUCAGUAUGGUAUCCAGACAUUGAAUUUCUGAAACGUCAGGGAGGAGCAGUUAUGUAUCCAGAUGAGACCACAUCAAAAUGGAAGAUUCAGACAUGGACUACGGACGUGGUGCCUACAGAGAAAACGAUCAAAAACCUUAUCCUGAAUUUUGGCCCACAGCAUCCAGCAGCCCACGGUGUACUUAGGCUUGUACUGGAACUUGAUGGAGAACAUGUUGUGAGGGCUGAUCCUCAUAUAGGAUUGUUGCACAGAGGCACAGAGAAACUCAUCGAGUACAAGACCUAUACUCAAGCCUUGCCUUAUUUCGAUCGACUAGAUUAUGUUUCAAUGAUGUGCAAUGAGCAAUGCUAUUCCCUCGCUAUUGAAAAGUUAUUGAACAUUGAUGUCCCCCUAAGGGCAAAAUACAUAAGGACGCUAUUUGCCGAAAUCACGCGGUUAUUGAAUCAUAUCAUGGCAGUUGGUACACAUGCCUUGGAUAUUGGAGCAAUGACACCGUUUUUCUGGCUCUUUGAGGAGAGGGAGAAGAUGAUGGAGUUUUACGAGAGAGUUUCUGGGGCUAGGAUGCAUGCGGCGUACAUCAGACCAGGCGGUGUGAAUCAAGACCUUCCACUUGGCCUCCUUGAGGACAUUUAUGAUUUUAUCAACAAAUUCACUGAGCGUCUUGAUGAGACAGAGGACAUGUUGACGAACAAUAGGAUCUGGAAGGAGAGAACAAUUGAUGUUGGAGUUGUUUCAGCAGAAGAUGCUCUCAACCUUGGUUUCAGUGGUGUGAUGCUGAGAGGUUCAGGUAUCAAAUGGGAUCUUAGGAAAUCACAGCCUUAUGAUGCUUAUCACCUUGUUGAAUUUGAUGUUCCAAUUGGAACACAGGGAGAUUGCUAUGACAGAUAUUUAAUUCGUGUCGAGGAAAUGAGACAGUCACUGAAAAUAAUUGAGCAGUGCUUGAAUCAAAUGCCUCCUGGCGAAGUUAAAACAGAUGACCAUAAGGUCUCCACUCCUACUCGAAAUGAGAUGAAAACAUCGAUGGAAGCCUUGAUCCACCACUUCAAGCUUUUCUCUCAGGGCUAUCAGGUGCCUCCAGGCUGUACAUACACAGCUAUUGAAGCACCCAAGGGUGAAUUCGGUGUUUAUCUUGUAUCCGAUGGUAGCUCAAAGCCAUUUAGGUGUAAAAUUAAGGCACCUGGGUUUGCUCAUUUGGCUGCUCUAGAGAAAAUUGGCAAAGGUCAUAUGCUAGCAGAUAUUGUGGCCAUUAUUGGCACUCUUGAUGUUGUUUUUGGAGAAAUAGAUCGAUGAAGAUAUUAUAAAAAAAAUUGCUAGAAUAAACACAUUGUUGGUUUUUUUGGCUUAAAAUGUAGACAAUUAAUAAUUUUCCUUAAUCCACACCGUAUUUAUUAUGAGAAGCGAAAAAUGUAUAAAUUUGAAAACCUUUUUGUGCACGAUAGAAUUCAUCUCUUGGAAUUAACAUAGAAUGAAUUUAGUUUAAAAAAAUUGUUACUGUAAAUAAACAAACUCCCUUGUUGA